AUGGACGACGCAGCGCCUUCCGAGAUCGGUAUCGCACGGAAGCGCAAGCGCACACCACCUGCGUCCUCGUCCGCAACUCUGUCGAUGGCUGAGUCCGACGUCAUUUCGUCUCCACAGCGCAAGAAGAGCGCGCCCUCGAAAGAAGAAAUGUCGCUCCCCGAACGGAAGGACCCCGAGCAGGAGCCUCAUCCGUCAAGCUUCCGACUUUUCGACCUUCCUGACGAACUUUGGGUCAAGAUUGGACAAAUGGCGGUGGACGAAGACAUUCGCUGGCGCUUGAACAUGCGCAACCUGAUCGCUUAUGCCUGCUUGCCGGGUCCCACAGGACCAUAUGCCGGGGUUCUGUAUCCCGACAUCACGCAGUCAUGCAGAAGACUUCGGAAGGAGCUCAUACCAUACUACUACAAGUCCCUCCCGUCGUUCUGCAUUGAGCUCGACAACGGAUUCAUCACCGGUGCUCUUGGAAGCUGGCUAAAGGCCACGGACCCCAAAUACCGAUCAUUCCUGACCAGAUACACCGUGACGGGUCUGGUCAAGAAAGAAGCCCUGGUAACUGAGACCGGAGGUGUUUGUUGGUGUGGUGUUGGAUAUAGCGACGACUGUGGCGAGCUGGGCGAGGAGAUUGACGCUUGUCCCGACAGCGACUUCGCGUUCACUGAAUGGGUGCGUGACAAGCUCCCCGUCGACUUCGAUGUCGUGUCCAGAAGGCUCGAGGGCAAAGGAGAAAUGCAGACGUACGUGGACACGAUCGCCUUCAAGUAG